UUGCAGGCUGUAGGUGUGCAUCAAGAUAGACAUAGCCACGGCUCCUGCGAGACAUGGAGGAGUUCCAGGAAGCCGACGUCCUGUGGCCGGACGCAGCACAGCACCACGCCUGCCACCGCCACCACUCGGAGGCCCGCUGCUGCCACGACUACCGCCGCCGCCAGCACCUUGGCGGUCAGAAACCACACGCCGCGGCCGUCUGCCUGCAGUCGCCUCCCGUGCGCAUCCCCGCGAUGCCGGCGGAGGCGCGCGCGACUGGCCGACCCGACCGUCAUGACGACGACGAUGGCAUGAUCGUCAGGAGAUCCUCAUCAGGCGCGGAGGCGGGGAUCGUGCCGCCGCACGUCCUGGCGGCGCGGCGGUGGCCGGACGAGCGGGGGGUGGCCUCGUCGGUGUGCGUGGGGCACGGGCGCACGCUCAAGGGCCGCGACCUCCGCGCCGUCCGCAACGCCGUGCUCCACAUGACCGGAUUCCUCAGCAGCUCCGACGAGUACUGACCGCUACCCCCUCAAAAAAAGUACUGACGGCUACCAUAGUAGAUUAAGCACCGCGGCCCAAGAAUCCAUUUGGCAAGACUUAGCUCUUCCAAAAUGGCUUUGGCUCCCGCUCCUUAGUAGAGCGGCUUUUUUAGUCGAGUUGAAACCGUUUUAAAAAAUAUUUAGCAAAACGGCUUCACUCCGCGUUUCAUAAAUGAGUUGAACAGAGGAGCUGGUUGGAGCUAUAAAAUGUGGCUCCAACAUAAUAGUGGAAGCUAUUUUGACAUUCACCAACGGCUUAAUGCAUGGAACCGCUUCAAAAACAAUCCUUUAGCAGAGCUUCAUUCGGAGCCGGCUUUGGAGCCGUUUUUGGAGCUGCCAAAGGGGCUCGAAGUUAGGAAUGGACUAGUGCCGAGUAUUGUUUUUU